CUUAGAAUGGAAACCGGGGGGCUUUGCGACUUGAGUUGUGUGGACCAUAGGCUAACCGGGAUGUCUAACCCUCCGCAGGUCUGCGGCUGAGCCACCGACGAUACUUCACUUUGGGGGCCCCGGAUUCUGCGCGAGGUACGAAGUAGGUCUUUGCGACGGUCGUCUUUCGGAUCUAUGGGACGAGUUGGAUUCAUCCGCUUGUUAUUGGGAAUGUGUAACGGUGUAAUGGUUUGUGUAUUGAUGUAUAAAGUAAUAAUAUAAAAGACUGUCCUUCCUUUGAAAUGGUAGCUGGAGUUUUAUACAUACAUCUUCAGACAUCAGAGUCCAUUGCAACUUGCACAUUAUAUCGAAAACAGCAUAGCAUAUAUUGACACGAUACCGACUCAUCGUUAAUGCACAUCUAUAUACUCAGGACUUACAAGCAGUGAUUACAAUAUAUAUAACUUACCCUUCAAGUUACCUACGAAUCUACGACAGAUACUCACACAUACACCAAAGCAAAUCAACAUGGCCUCAUCAAGCAACACCAAACUCACCGCCUUCAUGGGCGCUUCCGGGGGCAUCGGCCUAGGCGCACUAACCCGAGCACUAGCCGCGGGCCACACCUGCAUCGCGCUCUGCCGGACUCCAUCCAAGCUCACAGACCGACUCCCCGCAGACCAAUUCCCAAACCUAAAGGUCGUGCAAGGCAACGCGCACGACGCCGCCGCCGUAGCCCAAUGUCUAGUCGUCGGAACCCAGCCCGUCGACGCCAUCGUCUCGACCAUCGGGGGCGUCUUACAAUUCUCGCGCAUGACGCUGGACGACCCACACGUCUGCGAGAAGGGCAUGACAGCGCUACUAGCCGCCAUCUCCCUCGUGCGGGAAAACCACCACCGCACCCCACUUACCACAGAACACUGGCGUCCGCGCGUCACCGUGGUAAGCACAUGCGGGAUCUCGCGGUCGGCGCGCGACGUGCCCAUCCUGUUCGUGCCUAUGUACAAGAUCAUGCUGCGGGUGCCGCACGAGGACAAGAUCGCUAUGGAGAAGCUACUCGUGGACGGGGCGGGCGACCGUGGCUACACGUAUUCGAUUGUGCGGCCUAGUUUCUUGGUCGACGAGGCGGCGCCGCGGAGGGAGAUUCGUGUGGGGCUGGGGGAUGCGCCGGCGGUGGGGUAUGUGAUUUCUAGGGAUGAUGCGGGGAGGUGGAUUUAUGAGAAUUUGUUGGAGGGGAAGGGGGACGGGGGGAUGUAUGAGGAUAUGGUUGCUACGAUUACUUGGUGAGGUGAGGUGGAGGUGGUGGAUUAUACGGUGUAUGUAAUGUGAUUCUGGGAUUGCUGUGAAUUCAGAUGGCGUUGGUUAGACGAUGGUGUUUUGUUUGAAGGAUGGGAUGUAAAACGGUGUGUGAUUUGCUGGCGUCAUUUAGAGGUUAUUUCUAUGGUCAGAAUAGACAAAUAGACAAAUAGACAAAUAGACAAAUAGACAAAUGGA